AUGAGGUGCUAUAUAUGCGGCGCCACGUCAUUACAGUUUAAUAAUUUAGAGAAGGAGAGACCAUGCAAAAAAGAAAACCUAGAAUUCGGUGCCCGUAAAAAAUGGAACGUUCGCCUUACUGCCGAGGAAAAGCAAGCAGUGGAAAAUAAAAAAAAGAAAUCCAAGAUAAGUUCCGGGGGAAACUCGGUCUGUUGGUGGAUAUACCAAAAGCCAACUUUGGAAAUAUCAAUGACGGAAACACUAACAGACGUUUUUUUGAAAAUUUCGAAGUAUCAGCGACAAUUACGGGGAUAG